AUAAGCAAAUAACUUCUACAGUAGGUUACGUUACACUGCUUGUGUAAAAAAUCAUUUACAAUGUCAAUGGAUAUAAGAUAAACCCUUAAUACAAUAGAGGAUCUGAAGCGAGUUCUCAUGUUUCUUAGCCUCUCAUCCUAUAGUGAACUUUGCCUUGUAUACACAACUGGAUUUUCAUCUUUGCUUCUGUCAAAUGCAUAGGAGGUGGGAACACCCUAUUAAAAUGUAUAAAUUAGUUUAAAUUGCAAACUGCUAAGUGAUUAUUACUAACAUAGUUUUGUUGUUGUUGAUUAGCAACAUUGUAAAAGAAGAGAGUUCAAUUCACUAGACCUCAAGCUUCCCAAGGUUCCACGUGUGGAGAAAAGGGCCUCGUGUUCGCAAAGUAAAUUAUCAUCACCAGAUAUGCACAUUGCAGAAGUGGGAGGCAAGAGAAGAACUGGAGCUGGACGAGAUUUGAUGCUGUCGAAUUCUACUAAUCACUCUUCAAUCACCUCUUGUCGUUUGUAUGAGACAUCUGGUUAUGCUAGGAAACGAGGAGAAACCGGAAAGAGUAAACUAUCUGCCUCUGUCUCGUGCACGAAGACUCCAACAAGAUCAUCUACACAGAGUAAAAGGUUUGAAAAUCUUAGUUCCUCAACGGAAAUUCAUUGUUCCUCUAAGUCCUUAAAAUCGUCAUCUUCAACUUCUAGCACCAACCAAGCUCGUGGUGAUUCGGAUCAUCGUCUUAAUAUGACAUUUGGACCAACUCAGAAUUUAUGGUCUCCAAGUCAAGUUACUGGACCUAUUGCUUCAGUGCCAAGGAAGAAUUCUCAACCAUCUGGUCUUUGUAUGCCAUCGCCAAAAUUUGGCUUCUUUGAUGAGGAUAUGUCAGUGGUGAGAACUUUCAAUGGAAAUUCGAAUCAAGCACAUAAGCAGGGAAAGUCGUCAAGUUUAGAUAAGGGCAAAAGUGCGGAAGCAUCAACUAAAGUUAAACGAGCUAGAAGUCCGCUAUGCACUGACAAUGUAAACCGAGGUCUAAUGAGAACAAGACUACUCCCAAGUCCAAAAGUCGAGCUCCCAUAUAUGCGAAAAGGUGGCUUAGACAAAUCUAUGGAAAUUGACAGAAAAGUUUGCUCAAAGUUGAGGAAAGUUGGUGCAGGAGAACAUGACAGAAAAAAAGUUGGACUAGUAAAUGAGAUAGUAAAGACUAAGCUAGAAAGAGAGAAAAUGGUUACAAAAUAUGCCAAGGGAAUCAGCACUACAACAAGAAAUACGCCUCAAUCCCAAGCAAGUAGGGGUCGGCUGUAUGAAUCCUCACUCUCCAUGCCGCUCCAUUUAAGCCCGUUCGAUCAGGACAAGGGGAUUACUAGCACUUCAAAAUCAAGAAAGCAAGAAAAUGAAGUUAAUGAUUUGAGUAGAUACUUGGAGCUCAUUGAUUUGAAUGAUGGAGCAGAAACACAGCUUAAACAGAGAAAGAGUUUUCCUCAUAUUAGAACUCCAUUGGUUGAGAAAAAAUCUGUUUGCAACAGAAGUGUAGCUCUGAGAUCAGGUAUGGUUAAGGACAGGGAGUCAUCUUUGCUUUCUUCAAAAGGAACGGACAAAGAGAAUAAUUGAGCACCAUGCAAAUAUAUAUUGCUCGACUCUCCGAAAAUGUUGCUACACCGUGUUGGAUCCUCCAAAACUGCAAUACUUUUAGAGGAUCCGACACGCAUUGAACGACAUGUUUGAAGAGUCUAAGCAACAUAGAUGCAAAUCAUUGAUGGAUGCUUAUGUUGUCUGCCAAAAUGCUAGUCCUUAAGUUCUUGAUAGACAUCAUUUUGUUUUAAUGCAUAAUUCUUGAACUCUUUGCAUAUGUGUGAAAGCAGACACAUUGUCACUAGCAUGAGUUGGCCAUUGAUAAACCAAAUGGGGCAAUUGGCAUUCAUUUCUAUUGUUAUCAUACAUGUCAAAAGCCACAUUUUGGUAGGGGUGGGCAUUCGGUUUUUCGGUUCGGUUUUAUCAAAUUUCGGUUCGGCUAUUUCGGUUUCGGUUUUUUGAAGGUGGACAUCGAACACCGAACCAAACUAGUUCGGUUCUUUCGGUUUCGGUUUCGGUUUUUUGAAGUUCGGUUUCGGUUUUUUCAAUUAGGUUUUUUUGACAUGAUAUUAGAAGCGAUUCCAUUUACACUAAUUCAUAUUUUCAAAAGCAAUAAAACAUAAAACUGAUAAAUUGAAAUCAAAAUCAAACAAAUAGGAUACACAAGAACAGAAAACCAUAACCAUAAUAUAGGAUUACUAGGUGUUAUAUACAUACAGUAAGAAUAAUUAAGAAAACACAUAAAGGAUAUACAUUAAUCCUAAAGACACAUCCUAGUCACAUUUUUUUGUUAAGGAUAUUUGAUUUUCUCAAUUGAAGUGAAAAAUUAGGGAUACAAAAGCAAAAGAGGGCUUGUUACAAUUGGGUUUUUUGGGGCUUAAACUUAAUGGGCUUGGACUAUUUUAAUUUUUUUGGGUAAUGUAUUAAAUUUCGGUUCUUCAGUUCGGUUUCAUCAAAGUUUGGUUCGGCUACGGUUUUUUGAAGGUGGACACCGAACACCGAACCAAACUAGUUCGGUUCGGUUUUUUCGGUUUCGGUUUCUUGAAGUUCGAUUUGGUUCGGUCCGGUUUUUCGGUUUUCGG